CUUUUUCGGGAGCACGAGAACGCGCACUUUGAGACACAGCCAUAGUUCUCUUUUUCUUAUUGGCUCUGUUCUCCCCAGGCUAUGCUAAUUACUGUAUAUGUGCUUAACUGAAGAUUAACUAACCUAUCCCUCAAAAUAGGUGUCUUCCUUUUAAUAGGUUAGGCCUAUUGAACUGAAGGUUUAUCAUCAGCACUAAUAAGUGACUAUUAGGAUGAUUGUAUUAUUAACGGAUGCGUCUAGUCUGCCGCAAAUUCUAUAUGAUGAAGAAGAAUGAUAUUAGCGGGCCCGAGCAUAGUUGUGUACUCGCUAGUUAACAACAGUUAGCCUCUUAGCAUUAGAGUAAAAUUAUGGAGGAUACAGACACAGGGGUGGAUGCUAAAAUUAAUCGCUGGAUUAAAUCACAAUUUGAAUGUUUUCAUGCGACAGCUUCCUUGAACCAAGGUCUAUUCACCAAAUCCCUGCAGAGGUCAGAGGCUCUGAUUCACAACCGUUUUAACCCCACUCUGAAGUGGCUCAUGGGACAGAAGGACAAAGAUGGCAGUUGGGACUCUGAGAGUGAGAGCAUCACUUCCUGUUCCUCCAGAAAUAUCCAACGUCUUGGGCAAACUUUACAGAGUCUCAGCUCUCAAUACCAUACACUCUGUGAUUUUGCAUCAGGAGGCAGGUUGUUUGGUUGUGUCAUAGGUCUUUCUUCCUCUGAGGAAGAGGAUUUUUAUCACCACCAUCAGUUUUCAGCCUUCAACCGGCAUUACUCUAAACUUCAACACCUGAUGGACCACAGAGCUCAGCUGCUCUUCCUCCAUGAUUAUAGUCAUCACAUACAUGUGGCCACCUGCUUUGUGGUGCAACUGAACUCAGUGUUGGAGAAGAUGCAACUGCUUUUGGCUCACAGAGAGCAAAUAGCUGAGCAGCCCAACUCCACAUGGAACUUCAACCUUAGAGCUUUAUGCCAGGAAAUGCAGGUUCACAUCAACCAUUGGGAUCUGCUCUGGGCCAAUGCUCAAUCUGACUUCCAUCUCCGCCGUGUUCUUUUCAGCCGUUUGAAGACCCUUGCUUUCAUGCAGCAAACUCUACACUUGCUGGGCUUGCAGGCCUUGUGGCUGAUGGAGCGAUGCAUCCAAACGGCACUUUCUGCUUUGGCUGCUGCCCAGUUAGACAGUGUACCCGGAGAUGCUUUAGUGGACCUGCAGUGUGCGGUUGAGAUGUACAACCAGAUCGUAGAAGAUAAGUGGAUCCAGGGUACACAGCUCAUGUUCAGCUCAUACAAACCUGUUUCGGGAUCUGUUUUUCUUCGAAACAGAACUGGUCCUAAAAAAUACCCAGUUGAGCAGUUGAUGAUGAUUCUGGCCCAGUGUCAAGCUCAGAAAGCAGCCAAACAACUUUACACAUGGUCUUUCCAGCAGAGUAACCUCCUCCACAUGGCAAAAACCCCCAAUAAACUUAACAGUUACUUUGCACACCCUAAUCUCAAUAGUCAGCUUUCAUCCUCUCCUGAAAUAAACAUACAUACAGUACAACUCAAACCUCAAGCUGCUAUUAAUGAGGUGCCCCAAAAGCCUCUUCACAGCCUCUGUUCAUCUAAUCUUCAAUUUUCUUCAUUUAUCUCAGGAGACAGAGAGUGUCUUAACACCCUCUUUCAAGUCCUAGUGACCUCAACAAAUAUCUUAGCUUCACUUAUUCCCAAAAAACUUCUUUUAGACAGGACAGCUGAUUUAGAGGACUAUGUGAUUAUUUGUCAUGGGGCCAGUGAAGGAGAAGAGAGACUGCUAAACAGAGCCAGAAUGACCUCCAGGACCCACAAAAUAGCCGCAGUGGAUCUCAGGAAGUCCGACGCAUAUACGAAGAUCUUUCCUUAUUAUAAUAAGCUGCUGUGGAGGGAAUUUGGUAAAGCAGUUGUAAGACACUUUUAUUGUCAGCCGUACAACAGCACUCUGGGAAGUAUCAACCAGUGGAAUGAUGAAAUGGUGCUUCAUUUUGUCACAUGGAUCAAACAUUUCUAUAUUGAAGACUUCAUUCCACAUGAAUGUAAAGGAAAUUUGAGCAAUUUCUGCUCGUAUAUUUUAUCUGCUGCGGCCUUCACACAGUGGGAUGAAAUGAUGUGUUUGUCGCUGGGCUCAGGGCUAAAAGAGAAGUGCGUCCCUGGAUUUAAACCGAAAGGAUGUACAGUGAGGACCGCCACCAUGGAUCUCAUUCUCCAGCUUUUCCCACCUCUGCAUAUUGUUCUUCAGCUACUGCAGUACCCAGAUGUAGAGUCAGUUGACAGUGGAUUCAAGGGAGUUAAGAAAAAUCAUUUGGGAUUGCUAUGUAGAUCUGUUGCAACUGUCCAGUCCUCUACUGUCUGGGUUAUGAGUAAAGCCUACCAGUUUCUGGCCUCCUGGUCCCUUACUAAGUUCCUGCUGGUAACACAAGGAGAUCUUAAGGAUCUCAAGGAGUCAGUGGAGGGCCUGGUCCACCUCACUCAAGCCACUGGCAGAAAUUCUGCUCACCCUCUGAUAAUUCAGGAGACCACCUCACUCUCUAAGGCUCUUACAGAUCUGCAAGCUUCCUCUGAUCUUGUCCUAAGAACCUUUUCUAUAGACUGCAAGAAAAUGUCUGUGGAGAUCUUUGAGCAAACCAUGCCAUCAGCAAAGCAUUGGAGGAUCAAUCACAAAACCGAGCUGCCCAGCGGUCCUAGUGAUUAUGCAGCCUCUGCAGCUCAGAUUGUGAUUGGUCAGGUGCUGGAGGGUGUUCAGCCUCUGCCUGAUGAUGUUCGUAUUCUUGCUCUCGCUGAGGCUAUGACGGCUUUCAUGGAGGCCUGGAUGGAGCACAUCCUUAAACAGAAGAUCAAGUUUAGUAUUCAGGGAGCUCUGCAGCUGAAGCAGGACUUCGACUUGAUUCGAGAUCUCAUUCGUUCAGAGGAAUAUAGCCUCUCAGAUGAUCUGUACCAGAAGCUGCUGUCACUGCGUGUUUUUCAUCAGGUGGACAAUGCAAUCGUGUGCCUGCUUCAGCAGCCUGUGGCCAAACCUUACCUGCCCUCUCGCAGCUGGGAGCCCUUCAGAAACUGCUGUCCAAGCAGUGCACAGGUCAUGGAUCAGGCAGCAGGGAGUCUUAAUAAUCUGGAGACUAUGGACAUACAGGCAGCGUGCCAGCAGGCCCUGACACAAGCUGAGAGCUCAGUGACCCCUGAGCUGCUGUCCUCCUCCCCACCCGAGUCAUACUUGGCCAUGGCUCAGCAGGAAUGGUUGGACCUGAGGAUACACAGCGGCUCACGCCGGAAACUCCCAGUGCUGCAUUGUUUUACUAAAUCUGAACCUUAAUCAGGUGACCAGAGCAAUUAUGAAAGUGUUUACUGGCCCACCUAUAGAUCAGUUAUUCAUUCAGAUAAAUGUUGUUAAAUUUGUUAAGGAUGUAAUCAGUGUAGCAUUCGUAUUUUCUGUAAUAAAAAUUGUUUACCGUCA